AUAAAACAUAAUUUAAACAUACAGUGAGAGUUAAUAAACACGGAACAUGAUCAAACAUUACAGUUAAAAAACAUAAAUCAUUAUCUAAACAUAAAGUGUGAGUUAAAUACAUGGAACAUAAAGAUGUAAAUACAGUGAGAGUUAAUAAACAUGAAACAGGAGCUAAACAUUUACAGUGAGAGUUAAUAAACAUGAACCAUAAACAUUAAAUUAAGUAUAUACAUAUGCGAAAGUCACUAAAAAAAUAAAUCAAUAGUUUGCAGAGAAAAUGCAGAAAAUGUCAAGAAAAGGUUUGAAAAAGAACCAAAGUUAGGAAGGAAAUGCGGGAAAAUGGGAUUUGUUCGCGGGCGAUCUUUUUUCUUCUUCGUUUUCUUUGUUUGCACAUUCACACAGUUUAUUCUUUAUAUAUAUUCAGUUAACUAUGCCGGAGUUCACAGCAAUACUAAUAGUGAGCACUCGGUGUUAUUUACCACGUCUAGACAACUACAUCUAGCGGACACUUUUAGAAUCAACACAUCACUGCUCCAGCCUACACCAAGUCACAUUCAAGUCAUAAAUGCAACUGUCACAGCUAGUCAAAGAAAAAAUAUGUUUCUAGAGUCCGAAGUAGAAAAUAAGCCUUCUGUACAUAGAAACAAUAGUCAACUUGUACAUUACGAUUCCAGUACUUUUGAACACAGUGAGUAUAACAACUUUGUACAUAGAGAGCAUGACAAAUCUGUACAUAGAAAACAUGAAGUAUCUGUACAUAGAGAGCAUGACAAAUCUGUGCAUAGAAACUAUAAAGAAUUUGAACAUAGAAAGCAAAGCCAACUUGUUGACACAUCUGCUGACUAUGGAAAACCUAUUAAAAAUAAAUGUCAGGGACAUGAUGUGCCCGAGUUUUCUGUGUUGGUGUCAUGUUUUCAACCUUCACUCACUAUUCCUGGUUUUAAAUCUUGGAUAGGAGAUCAGAUUACUGAGCUGGUUGUGGAGAGAAGGUCAGGAGGACAGAUUUCUACCAAAAUAUCUUGUUCUAGCUUCAGAGCAGGUUCAGAUCAUUACAACGCAACUAGCGAGGUAAAAUAUUAA